CCCCUAGCUAGCUAUCUAAGUCGACCUAACCAUCGCAAGCUAGCACACGUACCAGCUACUAGCCAUGAGGGAGCCACGACGCAGUCCGAGCAGGCAGCCGACGACGGCGAGGAGCCGCCGCCGGCCGAAGCUUGUCACGGAGCGCCUGACCACUACUAUCAGUGAUGCGCGGUCGCUGCAGCCGGCUAUGGCUACAGGGGGGCUACUUGCUGGGACGACGACGAACUUCUCCGAGGACGAGGAGGACCUCCUCAUCAAGCUGCAUGCUUUGCUCGGAAACCGCUGGUCCAUCAUCGCCGGGAGGCUGCCUGGGAGGACGGGCGAGGAGGUCGAGGCCCACUGGGGUUCGCCGGCGAUGAGGAGGCGCACGGGCGGCGCCGACCCCGACAGCCAUCGUGUGCUAUUGCAGGCUUUGCUAGCCUCGUCACAUGAUCAGCACGGCGAGCAUCUGCCAAGGGUAAUUCCAAAUGAAGUGCGCCGGGAGCACCGGGGCCGUCCUUCCUUCUCCAACGACGGACUCGACGACUGGGCAUUGUCGGACGCCGACAGCAGGUGCCUCGCUCAAGUGAACCUGGAGCUCAGCCUCUCUAUGCCGUGCAGUACGUCUACUUAAUUUGGAGGGUUUCACCUGGUGUUUACAUACUUCGGUUGAUGGCUUCUGUACCGUAUAAGAAACAGUCCUAUUAUUGUACUCCCUCCGUCCGAAAAAGCUUGUCCCUCAAAUGGAUGUAUCUAGCUCCAAGUUAGUACUAGAUACAUCCACUUAAGGGACAAGUUUUUUUAGACGGAGGAAGUACUAUGUAUGUAUGUGUACUGACUACUACUCCAAGUUCGAGUUGAGCCCAUCACCGCUCCUUAAUUACUCAGUAUAUGAAGCAGCUUGUAUUGUCUACAAGAGAGAUAUAUAGGCUCAUCAUUUAAUGCUCA